UUUGCUCUUCCAAACUUUAAGGAAUCCAUGGGACAUUCCCUUAGCAAACUAAGAAGACCCCAUCCUCAAACACAACUUCCUUCUCAAAAUAACCCAAUCUCAUCAUCUUCAUCAACUUUCAAUUACAACUUCAAUGGCGGUUCUACCGAAAACAUCUCCAUUCCAUCAUCACCAUCUUCUUCCAAUGCUGUUAGUGGAAAUACUUACGCUUUUGCAGCUAAUGCACCACGCCCUUCUGCAUCACCAAACUAUUACCACCACCCUCCUCCUCCAUAUUCUUCUUCUUCUCUUUCAAUGAUGGCUUCACCGCCAUUUUGUUCAUUAACUCCACCUGCUUAUGUUGAUCACAAAACUGCCAAGAAGAUCAAGAAUGAUGUCAACAUUCACAAGGACACCAUUUCACUUUUCCUUGAUCAUAAUCACUUGGAUUCUCUCUUGCUUUCUUUCACUUUUGAUGCUCUUGUUGAUGGCAGCAUCACCAUAUUUUACUUUGCCAAGGAAGGACUUAACUGCAAUUUCAUGCCAAUGUAUCCUGAAAUUUACAUGCCUAAGACCGUUCCAUUCCAGAAAGGAUUGGCUCAAAAAUUCUAUCAGCCUUCAGGAACCGGCAUCGGCCUUGGUUUCUUCGAAUUCAAUCUUCUUUCAAGACUCUCAAAGGAAGAAGAUGACAUUUGCCCACUUGUUAUAUCUGCAGAAACAAGUUUUCCAUCUUUCAUGUCAACUGCAAAUUUUGAGCAGCCUCCACAUGCACAAAUCACUCAAGCUGUUUUGAAGCUCAAUGACGAAGGCCAUUUCGAAGUGAAAGUAAUCAAACAGAUAUUGUGGAUCGAAGGGAUUCGAUAUGAGCUUAAGGAGAUCUAUGGGAUUGAGAAUUGUAAUGAACAAGGUGUUGAGGAUGAUAGUGAGUCAUUUGGAACAUGUGUGAUAUGCAUGACUGAACCAAAAGAUACUGCUGUUUUGCCUUGUCGGCACAUGUGUAUGUGCAGUGAGUGUGCUAAACAAUUGAGGCUGAAAUCGAAGAGGUGUCCGGUAUGCCGGCAUUCGAUCCAGGAAUUAAUAGAGAUCAAGAUCGAAAAUCAACUAAGCAAAGCAUUUUUAGAAGCCCACAAAACUCAUCGGGUGGACAGUGUUUAUAAACAGCUUUGAAGCAUAUAUUAGUUUAUAUGCUUGAGAUUGAUGGUAUAUUUGCAUAAACUAGCAAAGCAAAAGAAAACUUUAGAAACUUGGUUUAUCGAGUUGGUUUAUACAAUCACUUUUGAAAAUUGAUCUAAUAGAUUCGAGCUCGAAUCUUAGAAUCUUAGAACCGAGAUUUACUGAGUUGGUUACUCACGCAACUACUUUUAAUAAGUGAUAUCUAGUAGAUUUGAGCUCAAAUCCCAGCUUAUGCAACCUCUUUUCUUGUCACAGACUACAGUCUGGUAUAGUUAUAUACACUAGCUAAGCAAACUAUAAAAUCAGUUCGAAUCCCAACAUAUGCAACUCGGGAUUAUGGUCUCCUUUCGGCUAGUGGAACAGAAAAGACACAGAGAAUAUUUGAUGUACAAGUAAGAAAAAAAGAAAGAAAAGAAACAGAUGGUUGGAAUGUAAUAAAGUAUAGAUAGGUGUAGUGAGUGGGGGGACAAAAGUGAGGUGUUAUGUCUUUGAACAGUGUCUUAAAGUGAAAAGGAAACAUGGAAUUGUUCUUAUUUGGUUUUAGAAUUUGAAUCUUUGUUGGGAUUUUUCUUUACAGCAAAAAUGUUGGUCUGGAUUUUCAUCAUGUCGGAUGCUGCAUUUUUUGAAUGACGUCCGGAACACCCUCUCCUCUCUUUAUAGUAAACAAAUAUUAUAAAUGAAUAAGCCAAUGUUACUUUUACUUUAUUCCCAUUCAUAUUGUCCUUUUGAAUGACCU